AUGACAUUGCGGCGUACGUGUGCAUCGUUAGCGAUGCGUGUUUCGGAGACAUAUUCUUGUGUUGUAUAUGUACGUGGUUGCGCUAUGGUAGCUUAUUUCAACGACUCAAGAUUUGUCGAAAAGGAAAUGAGAGUCAGAAGUUGGUUGAAAGAUGCUAAUGGUGAGAUUGAGGAUGAGAAGUGGGACUUAACGACCAAAGGUAAAAGUAGCCGUCGAUCCGUGCGUUUGUUUACUAGUGCUAACAGCAGGUUAAAGCAGUAUGUCAAAGCAGAUACAGAUCGAAGUAAGCUUACAUCCUCCUCAAAUUACGCAAAAAUAAACUUAUGUUGGGCACUAACAGUAAAUGAACCAUUGUUCGUAGGGUACUGCUAA